CAAAGAUGAAAAAAAAAACUUAGGUGAAAUCACAACCAUUGGUUGAAUAUUUUGCAGAAAUAUCUAUCACGACUUGUUCAAAAUAGGGUGGACCAAACAAAUAAACCAAAAUGGACAACGAUGUAAUAAUUCGCAGAAAUUUCAAAGUCAACGUCCAGUGUCAAUAUAUUUUGGAACCUAUAUUGUCAAUCAAUACUCCGUAUAGGAUCUUGAUCUUCUCUCCAUCACUAAUGCAUUCUUCCUUUUUACUUACCAUUGUUGUUGCUGCAAUAGGCUUCCUCGUGUUUUAUGGAAAAUUCAUACUCCAUCAAGAUAACAAAGAUAUUGAUUUUUCUUCAUCGUUAAGUCUUUCAUCACCUCCAUCUUCUUUGUCUCGCAACUGGAUCCAUGAUGUUUUUUCGAGCUUCCGUGGAGAAGAUGUCCGCAAAGACUUUCUAAGUCACAUUCAAAAGGGUUUUGAAAGAAAAGGAAUAAGGCAAUUCAAUGACUAUGAGAUCGAGAGAGGUGAAUCCAUCUCUUUUCAACUUAUAAGAGCGAUUAGAGGAUCUAAAAUCGCGGUCAUCUUGUUCUCGAGGAACUACGCUUCUUCAAAAUGGUGUCUUGAUGAAUUGAUGGAGAUUAUGAAAUGCAGACGAGAGUUAGGUCAAAUAGUGAUAGCCAUUUUUUACAAAGUGGAUCCAUCUGAUGUACGUAACCAGAGCGGAGAUUUUGGGAAGGUCUUCAGAAAAACUUGUGCCGGUAAAACAAAGGAGGAAAUUAGGAGAUGGAGAACAGCUUUGGCAGAAGUAGCCACUAUUGCUGGUUACCAUUCAAGCAACUGGGAUAAUGAAGCAGCCAUGAUCGAGAAUAUCGCAACUGAUGUGUCGAAAAAGCUGACUUUUUCCAUGAGAUCUAUUGAUUUCAACGACUUAGUUGGGAUGAGAGCUCAUAUGGAAAAUAUGAAUCAAUUGUUAUACCUAGACAUGGAUGAAGUGAGGAUGAUAGCGAUUUGGGGUCUUCCUGGGAUUGGUAAGAGCACAAUUACCAAAUUUCUAUAUAACCAACUUUCUAACAGAUUCCAAGUGAGUGUCUUUGUCAAGAAUAUCAAAGCGCUUUAUACAAGACCAAAUGCGGAGUUCAUGUCUCUACUAAUAUACCACAAUGAUAGUGAAGUUCUAAAUCUACAAGUUGAACGAGAGAGGUUGAAACUCAAGAAAGUGCUUGUCGUUAUUGAUAAUCUUGACGGGUCAGUAAAUUUAGAUGAUAUACUAAAAGAAACUCAGUGGUUUGGUCCUGGAAGUCGGGUUAUCCUCGCGGUCCAAGAUAGAAAGCUUUUGAAGGAAUAUAAGAUCAAAUAUAGUUAUAGAGUGUCUUUGCCUUCAGAUCAUGAAGCUUUGCAAAUCUUUUGUAUGGCUGCUUUUGGUCAAAAGUUCCCUAAAGAUGGUUUUGAGGAUCUUGCAAGGAAAGUUUUGAAUAUUGCUGGUAAGCUUCCUUUGAGACUAAAGAUUAUGGGCUCUUACUUCCGGGGAAUGACCAGGGAGGAGUGGAUUGAGAACAUUGAUCCAUUUUGAAAAUGAAUUCAAGUCUAUUUUUUUUUUUUUCCAUCAAAUGAAUUCAAGUCUAUGCAAGUAGGAUGUGUACUUUAAUAUUUAUUUCUUGAAAUUAUUUGAAUAAAUUUGAUGUAAUCUUUUUUCAUAAGGAUGAUAUAUAGACAUUAUUGCAUUA